AAUAUAAAUUGCAAUUAAUGGACACACUGAAAAGUGUGGUGAAUACGUAUUUGAAAACAAAGCACUUCUAUAGAAAACGCAAUCAUGAAUAUUUAGGAUUUUUAAUUUUACUUCGUGAUACAAUAUUUUAGCAAAAGCUGCAACAGAUACAACUUUUUUUGUCAUUUGACAGGUUGUUAAGAAAUGGAGAUGUACACGGAGGAUGCAACAAGACAAUCUGAGCAAGCAAUGGAGCUAUUGCAAAAAGAACAACAAGGUGAUGUUGAAAACAAUCUAAAAAAUUCACCUGCUGCAAAAUUGACCAAAACAGACUUCUCAACACUAGAUGGUGCCAAGACAGCCUCAAACGGGAAAUGCUGGCUAUUGAAGACUUGUCUUAUAUGUGUAUGUGCUGGAGUUGCCGUCUGCGUAUUUCUGUUUUUGGCACAAAGAAUCAAUAAAUUAGAGAGUAAAAUAGAAGCAGAAAUGGACAAACAGCAGAGCAGCUCAGAAUCUAGCGUACCUAGGUUUGAAGCAAUGAGAAGUCAACUGACUGGCAUCUAUCUCCUCACUAAUGAAACGCUACCCGGAAUGAAAUCCAUGGAACAGCCGAAAUAUUUCGCUUCCGACAAUCAUACGCGACAGAAAAAUGUCAGUAUUGAUCAGAAUACACUUAAAAGUGAAACUCGAAUGCAAGAAGAAACAUCAGAAAACGACAUGGCAUUGAGGAAAUAUUAUUUUAAUAUAGGUAUGCGAGAGGACAGUAUGAUGCAGGAUUGUCAGAAUUCUCACAUGAAACACUCUUUCCCCGACAUUGACUAUGCGUUUCUUGGUUACGACAUAUAUCGGGGAUAUCCCUUAGCACAUGGGCAUGAUCCUGGAUUUACUUACCCAAUUUUUGAUGCCGACUAUUCGCAUGGAAAGCAGACAGCCGAUUGUCGUUAUAGCGUCCCUAAGGGCCUUGUUGUGGUACCAGAUGUGUCCUGUGUGACAUCAUUCACUUCUGACGUCAUAGAGACCAGCAAGGAGCUAAACCGUGAUCUGUCCACAAAUGCCGGUGUUAGCGGCGACGGUUUUGGUGUAGCGUUCUCCGCCAGCGCGGGCUACAAACAGGUCUUUUCUGACUUGUCUUCCCACGAAUCUGUAUAUAUAAUAUCUUCAGCCCAUUGCAACUACUACUACAGUAAGUUUCAAAAGGAAAACCCACCACCAUUUACAGAUAUAUUCGUCGGCUGGAUUCGGAGGUUAAAUAGCUCAAUAAGCAAAGCUCCCUAUCUCGACUUCUUUGAUACUUUUGGCACUCACUUUGCAAAGGAGAUCACCUUUGGUGCUAGAUAUUUGUAUGAACAUAAAAUGAAAAGUUCCAUGUAUAAAAAGAAAAGAGAACAGGGCAUCAACGUUGCAGCUCAAGCUAGUUAUAGCGGUCUAAUCCGCGUUAGCGGUGGGUUCAGUCUGUCGGUCGAACAACGCCAAGAAGCUUCCCAGUUUUCUAAGUCAGUUGAAACAAAGACUAUCACUGUUGGUGCAGCUCCACCGGCUAAUGGAGACGCAAUGACAUGGGCUUCUACUGUCCAGAACAACCCAGUACCCUCCAAAUAUAAAUUGGAGCCCAUAGAAUCACUUUUCAGAGAGGAUUACAUGGGAUAUCUCGACGUAGAUUAUGAAACAAUAUCAGUCAAUAUAAAAACAUUUAAAGAAGAAUAUUACAAAAGGCUGGUGCCUGACGAGCUACAAAGACAUAUAGAAUUUCUUUCUGAUGGACGUGUGACUAAAACACUUACAGUUGAAAAUGGUGGUUCGUAUGGAUUGUGGUUUACACCACAGUUCUGUCCAGUAGGGACAUUUGCUAUUGGAUUUAAUAUGAAGUACGAAGAAAACCAAGGAAUUGACGGUGACAAUACGGCCCUAAAUGCCGUUAGCCUUCAGUGUGCCGACAGGAACGGUGUACGGAGAACGUUACAAAGACUUGUUCAGUCUGCCGCAGGUCAUAGGGGUCAAUGGACUGGCGAUGUUUUCUGUCCAAAGAACAAGCAUAUACCUCUUUUCUUGCAGAGGUUUGCGCUAAGGGUUCAACCAGAGAAACAAACAGGAGACGACACCAUGGCAAACCUUGUCCGGUUUUCGUGUAAUGAUUUACACUGGACCCAAAAUCUUCAAGAAUUAGCAAAUCCUAUAGUUGGAGCCGAGGGUCAGUAUGGAAAAUGGAGUGAAAAAUGUCCAACAGGCUCGGCAAUAUGUGGGAUCCAAACCCGUAUCGAGGGUCAUCUGUCAAAGGGCGAUAACACCGCUCUAAACGACGUCCGUUUCUUCUGUUGUGACUCUACAUAAUGAUCAAACAGUGUCUUGACACAUUCAUCUUCUCUUUUUUUUCAAAAUACUGGACCAAUAACAGAAAAGGGACUUUAUCAAAAUAUCAUUUUGUAAGCAGCAGCGUCCAUUUUACUUUUGCUUUUUCCGGCUGUGUACAGGAGUACCCUCCCUGAAUUUUGUUGACUUGGUUUCAAAUACCAUUCAGAGGUCCAAACAAUUAACUACUUAAAUUGUAUGUAGACUUUGCCAAUAUGUAUGUAUAUAUGUAUGUAUGUGCGGGCGUGCGUGCGUGCGUGCGUGCGUGUAAAACUAUAUGAUUAACAAAGUUAAUUUACAGGAAGCAACAACUAUGUUUCUGAAAUGAAUUUCUAAUUCUUAUUUGCACGUUGUGAUUUAAAUAAAUAAAUUUAAAAAAUGCGUUACAACAGUUCAGAUCGUUUUCGUUUGUUACACACGUAUAAAUGUUUUAAUUGUUAACAAAUCGUUCGAUUUGUAUUGUUAUUUAUAUUUUCUUCUUUCAGUGAUAACUGAUAACUAUCAGAGAACAGAUAUAUUUCUAUAACAGCCGUACUAUUGCGUACGAUCAAUCUAUUUUUACCUUUCGUUUUUGCUUUAUAAAGUACAUAAUUUAGGGUAUAAACAGUACUUUUCUGUUGGCUUUAGUCUGAGUUUAGAAUGUUGCAUUUGGGACAAAAAGAAGCAUUUUUCAGCAGGCUUUCGGCGUAUUCUUUGGAACUACUGGGUGGAAAUUAUCAAAGUUUUGUUUUCGCGGUGCAGAUCUUGGCAGACUACCAGUAUCAGUUAGGCUUAUCUUUAUUAUAAAGCACAGGACAACGUUAGAGUUAGGAACAAUUAUAGCAAAAACAGUAAAUGUCACACUUCUGUCUCAUUGUUUUUAAACUACAUUACACAAAUAAAUAAUGCCUGGGGCUUUCUGCUGGUGGGUCCCGCAGACCAGCUUUGACCUAAUUUGCUUCCUGAGUUGCUUUGAUUAGCCUGUUUUAAUGAUUAUUUAUUAUGUCUUGAGUUUGCCGUGUUUUUUUGUAGUUUAAUAAUAUGUUAUCACCUCUGCUUACCUUGUUUGGCUGAUUGCUUAGUAUGUGCUAUCUAGCUUGCUUGUAUGCUUCUGUGCAUAUUAUUGUAUUGUACACUGUCUGUAUAUGUGACAUGCUCUCUUUCAUGUUGUUAGUCAUUUGCUGCUGUGAGGAAGUUGCUGAUCAGUUCUUUCCAAAUCUGAUUUGGGGGGAUACAGUUUUUAUCACCAUUUCUUAAGCAUACACGUCUGUGUUGUUUUUUUUGUAUUGCAGAUCUUAUUUUCCUUACUUAUGGCAGUUUUUAGACAGCAGCGUCUAGAUCAGCAGCUUCAACACAGAUUUUAACACUUGUAUUAUUACACAUGCUCAUCCAGUUCUACUUAAAUUAGUGUGCUUAAUUAAUUUCUCUUUUGUAGCUCUUUUAAUUUUGUUAAACUUGUUUUAAUUUGUUGUAUAGUCGGUUCAAAAGCUCUUCAGAGCUUAUGUUUUGUAAUGUUGCCUUCUUGCCGACUCAAAAUAAAACUUAUUGUAUUGUA